UGGGAGUAGAAUGAUUGACACGGCAGCCAUUUUCCUGCUGGACGCCGUGUUCCCACCAUUGUGUGAGAGAUAGUAAAUACCGAAACUGCUAGACAACCAUAACAUUUAUUUCCUUGCGAAAAAACAUUUAUAUUCACGUCAGUAUAACUAACUCGUCAUGGCUCGUACCAAGCAGACCGCCCGUAAAUCCACUGGAGGGAAGGCUCCACGUAAGCAGCUGGCCACCAAGGCUGCCCGCAAGAGUGCGCCGUCCACCGGUGGGGUCAAGAAGCCCCAUCGUUACAGGCCCGGCACUGUGGCCCUGCGUGAGAUCCGUCGGUACCAGAAGUCCACUGAGCUGCUUAUCCGCAAGCUGCCCUUCCAACGCCUGGUGAGGGAGAUUGCUCAGGACUUCAAGACCGACCUGCGCUUUCAGAGCGCCGCCAUCGGAGCACUUCAGGAGGCCAGCGAGGCAUACCUGGUGGGUCUGUUUGAGGACACCAACCUGUGCGCCAUCCAUGCCAAGCGUGUCACCAUCAUGCCCAAAGACAUCCAGCUGGCACGCCGCAUCCGCGGAGAGCGUGCUUAGAUGCCGCCCUUCUUUCUUUUCUCUUUUCAAUGUUUCAGCUCUAUUCUCUUUUUUCUUUACCUCUAACUGUCCUCACCUUCGUUCCCUCGUUCCCCCCGCCCUACCAUCUCACUCCUCAGCCCCCUCUCCCUGUAUUCUUCUUGGUAGACUUUAGAGUAACGGUGAUUAUGACGAGAUAGAAACGUGUUUGAAAAGUCUCGUUUCUCAUAGUUUUUGUCUUCAGCAGAUGCUUUAGGGUACCUUUUUUGUGCAUGUAGUAGGUGUCGCUGAUCAGACAAAUACACACACACACACACACACAUGCUUAGAACCAUGCAUCCUCAGCUCUCCUACAACAAAACUCUGCUCUGAUUGACCAGGGGAGAUAUCAGGCAUGUGUGUGUUUUGUGACAGGCGUCGGGUUUCUGCAACACUCACACACACACACACACACACACACACACACACACACACACACACACACACACACACACACACACACAGGUGUGCAGACCAGAGGGGUGUCGCUCCGGGGCUAGUCUGCUUAAGGGGAGUGGCAACUUCCACAGCAGGGUGCUACUUAAACUAACCCCGGGGCCUCUGCCCUGUCUGACCACCUCCCAAUCUCACCCACUUCCUGCUCCAUCCUCUACAACUGAUCUGGGGUACUUUCCCCAUGCACCCUCCAGCCCACCACAGCCAGACCCCAACCCCUUCCCUGCCUGAUCCCUAUCCAGACCUUCCACACUCUCCUGCCCCUCUAAAUUGAUGGUUGGGGGGUGCUUGUCUGUGGAGCACCGUUAGUCUGUUGGUGUGAGAGCUCUGAUCAGCCAAGCAAAUUGUAUUCAAAAGCAAACAAGUAUCUCUUCUUGGCUACUUAAUUUUUAUUAUUAUUAUUACUAUCAUUUUGGAUAUGGUGUCUUUAAAAAAUAUAUAAUUCAUACAUAUAUUUUCUUUUUACAACUGCCAGAGAUGUAAAAAUAGGAAUAAGAAAAAACUAAGUGGUUGACGUUUUAAGACAUGGGAAACUCUUGUUUUUACAGAAUUAUUUUUAAACCAAUCAGGAAGAGCUCUGUUUCAUAAGAGAGCUCCUAUUCCAAUGGCAGCCACACGGGGCCGAUAUAUACCAGCCCCCUUCCUAUUUCGUUUUUCUCACUAUCAAUUUGUCAUUAUCCAUGAUGCUACUGUCAAUCUCUUUACCCGAUCUCUGUCUCUUAAGGUAAGCAUUAGAGUUGUCACACCUGUAUAAAUUGACUUUGUAGUAGCAAGAGUUACUCUGCACAUUUGGGUUAUUUUCUGUUGCUCUCACUUCUCUAGCUCUGACCAUAGAAUCUGUCCUUUUCCUCGAAAUUUGUGAUACAGUAUAACCUCAUGUUUUUUUUUCUUAUAUUUUUUCUUAUUCCUCCAGAUUUUCAGAUGUUUAAAUAAGCUGAUGUUUGUAUUUUCCAAAUUUCUCAUUAUGGUGGUAAUAAAUAGAUAUACAAAAUGGG